AUGAAUGAAUACGAUGUAGAAAAACCAAUGUUACGUCGGAUCGAACCAAAUUUUCAUUUAAAAGUAAGCCUAUCAAUUAUUUAUUAUAUGGGAACUUGGCCACCUCAAGGAAAAUAUCGUUCAUUGUAUAUCAUUUGUACGAUAUGCAGUUUCACGUUUAUGUUAGGUAUUUUUUUGUUAACCGAAAUAGCUAAUAUUAUAUUGAGUUUGAACGAUGUAGGAAGAUUAGUUGCUGGAGCAACUCUUCUUAUGACUAAUUGUACUCAUGCAUAUAAGAUAAUAAUAAUUCUUCAUCGGCAAAAACGUAUACGAAAUCUUUUAAAUAUAAUAAAAAAUGAUAUAUUUGCACGAAACGAUAUUAAUUACGGAGAUACGGUAACUCGUUAUACUUGGCAAGGAAUUUUUCAUCAUAUAGCUUAUCAAAGUUUUGGUACAGUGGCUGUACUAUGUUGGGGUUUUACACCCAUUGCAGAUCUUAUUGCUGGAAGAUCAAGAAGAUUACCAAUGGAAGGUUGGUAUCCUUACAACGUGACUGUUACUCCAGCUUUUGAAAUCACUUCAUUACAUCAGGCAGUGGCUAUCUUCGUUGCUUGUUUUCAUAAUGUAGCUAUGGAUACUUUAGUUACUGGGCUUAUAACUGUUGCAUGUUGUCAACUUUCAAUAUUGUGUCAGACCGUAGCUUCGAUAAAAAAUUAUCAAGAAGAAAAACAAAUUAAUAUUGUAAAAAACGUGAACGAUUGUUUUGAUGAACAAAAAAUUCUUUACGAUGUUCCGUACGAAAUGUUAAAGAAAUGCGUUAUUCAUAAUAACAUUAUAUUCAGGUUUGUGCGUUAACUAAUUUUAUUUAACAAAAAUUAUAUUUUAAUUAUAUUAACCAUUUGCGAAAGAGUAUCUGCAAAUAAUUAUCCAAAUCUGUUUAGCUUUGCGAACGCGAAGUAUACAACAGCUAGUGUACAUCUAUCUUUCUAAGCGAUAAAAUACGCAUCGGUAUAGUAUACUAAACAGCAUUACGUUUCCUUUAAAAAGAAAUCAAAAAUUUGGACAACUAUUUGUCGACACUCGUCCGCAAAAAUACGAUUUAAUUAUUAAUGUUACAUAUAUUUCUCUCAUAUUAUAUAUGCAGUUUCAUUAAAGAGAUACAGAAUAUUUUUGGUACAAUGAUCCUCUUACAAUUUUUCGUCAAUUGUAUCAUCAUCUGUUUGAUAGCUUUUAACAUUUCGCAGGUACAUUUUUUAUUUUAUCCGAAUAAUCGUCGAUAUUAUUAUAAUAAUAUUAUGAUUUGAAUUGAUUAAUCGAUUACAGAUGAGAGUAUAUAUUCCAGCUAUUCUUUUUGGUAUGCUCAUGUAUAUGUGUUGCAUGACUUAUCAAAUUUUUAUAUACUGUUGGCACGGUAAUGAGUUGCAAUUACAUGCAAGUAUCAUUUUGUAUUAUUUAUUUACCGUUGAUAAUUUAAAAUUUAGAGUUUUAUAAAAAAUUA